CUUGUAAUUAGGCAGCCUAAGGAGUUGCUAUGACAACAAUAAACAAGCCAUAAGCGGAGCUUACGACUGUUUCUACCUAACUUAUAAACGUGAGAUGCUGCAGCCGGUGAAAGAGGUGACCUGAGAAUGACAGAGACCGAUACUCCAAAAUUGGCGAAGAAGCCCCAUUGGACCUCUCUGGAAAUCGGCCUCAUUACUAUCACCUCUUUGUUCUUCAUUGUCAUUGUUGUCCUCAUCAUCAUGUUUGCCACCCAGUCCGAUAAAAUCUGCACCACAGCUGACUGCACACGGUCAGCAUCUCGUCUCAUUGAGAACAUGGAUGCUACCAUGGAUCCUUGUGACAACUUCUAUCAAUAUGCCUGUGGAGGAUGGCUGAAAAAGAACAUAAUCCCAGAGGCCCACACUAAAUACGGCUUGUACAACAUCUUAAACGCCAACUUGGACGUCAUCCUCAAAGGUGUCCUUGAAAAGAAGGUGGAGAGGGAGGCUGCUGCUCUCACCAAGGCAAAGACACUUUACAAGUCCUGCAUGAACAUCAACUUAAUUGAGCAGAAAAGAGGAGCUCCUUUGCUCGACAUGCUGCCAGACAUCUUUGAGUGGCCCAUGGCUGUGGACAACUGGGAGGAUAAUUAUGGGAAAACCUGGAGGUUAGAGGAUGUCAUUGCCAGGUUAAAUUGGAAAUAUGGAAUUCAAGUCCUUGUUAACUUUAUCAUUCGCGCUGAUGACAGAGACUCCACUUCACACAUCAUUUAUUUUGACCAACAAAUGUCCUUUGGCCUCUUGUCCAGAAACAUCUACAGCUGCAAGGGUCGCUUUGCAAAGGCAUGCCGAGCUUAUGAGCAGUUCAUGUUUGAUCUGGCAAAGCUGAUCCGCACUGACCGGGGACUGAAAAUCGACGAAACGGGCUUAAGAGCAGAGGUGACACGAGUUGUGGAUUUGGAGAAAGACAUCGCCAGUGCCACUGACUCACCGCAGUGGAGGGAUCCAGUGUUGCUUUACAACAAAAUGGAAUUGAGGUCGAUGAAUAGAAUAUUCACUUUUGAAGUUGACUUUCAGAAAUUCAACUGGAGUUACUACACAGCUAAGAUAAUGGACACCGUGAACAUCAAGGUUCCCAAAUCGGAAAAGAUCAUCAACUACUCCCCAUACUAUUACGGAAAACUCAAAACUGUAUUAGCCAAAUACACCAAGAGGGAUGUGCAAAACUAUGUGGUUUGGCGGUUUGUUAUGCAAAUGGUAGGUGAGCUGAGUCGAGCUUACAGAAACACCAGGAAUGCUUUCCUUAAGGUCCUGACCGGUAAAACAGCAGAGGAUGCCUUGUGGCGACGGUGUGCACUGUAUGUCAAUAGCUACCUGGACAAAGCUGUGGGACGGCUCUAUGUGCAGGAGGCUUUCUCUGACAACAGCAAAGAGCUGAUGGAGGAGAUGAUUAAAGAUAUUCGGGAAGUUUUCAUUAGUAACCUUGAUAACCUCUCCUGGAUGGAUGAAGAGACCAAAAAAGCAGCAGAAGAGAAGGCUCAAGCUAUCCGUGAACGCAUUGGUUAUUCUGAAGACAUCAUGAAUGACGAAUAUCUAAACGAUGAGUACAAAGAUCUGAGCUACAGUGCAGAGGAGUACUUUAAAAACAUCCUGCAGAACCUGGAGUAUGUGCAGAAGAAACGCCUGCAGAAAUUGCGAAAAAAAGUCAACAAGGAUGAGUCAGAUGCUACAGCCGGUGAAAGAGGUGACCUGAGAAUGACAGAGACCGAUACUCCAAAAUUGGCGAAGAAGCCCCGUUGGACCUCUCUGGAAAUCGGCCUCAUUACUAUCACCUCUUUGUUCUUCAUUGUCAUUGUUGUCCUCAUCAUCUUGUUUGCCACCCAGUCCGAUAAAAUCUGCACCACAGCUGACUGCACACGGUCAGCAUCUCGUCUCAUUGAGAAAAUGGAUGCUACCAUGGAUCCUUGUGACAACUUCUAUCAAUAUGCCUGUGGAGGAUGGCUGAAAAAGAACAUAAUCCCAGAGGCCCACACUAAAUACGGCUUGCACAACAUCUUAAAAGCCAACUUGGAGGUCAUCCUCAAAGGUGUCCUUGAAAAGAAGGUGGAGAGGGAGGCUGCUGCUCUCACCAAGGCAAAGACACUUUACAAGUCCUGCAUAAACGAGAGCUUAAUUGAGCAGAAAAGAGGAGCUCCUUUGCUCGACAUGCUGCCAGACAUCUUUGAGUGGCCCAUGGCUGUGGACAACUGGGAGGAUAAUUAUGGGAAAACCUGGAGGUUGGAGGAUGUCAUUGCCAGGUUAAAUUGGAAAUAUGGAAUUCAAGUCCUUGUUAACUUUAUCAUUCGCGCUGAUGACAGAGACUCCACUUCACACAUCAUUUAUUUGGACCAACAAAUGUCCUUUGGCCUCUUGUCCAGAGACUACUACACCUGCAAGGGUCGCUUUGCAGAGGCAUGCCGAGCUUAUGAGCAGUUCAUGUUUGAUCUGGCAAAGCUGAUCCGCACUGACCGGGGACUGAAAAUCGACGAAACGGGCUUAAGAGCAGAGGUGACACGAGUUGUGGAUUUGGAGAAAGACAUCGCCAGUGCCACUGACUCACCGCAGAAGAGGGAUCCAGUGUUGCUUUACAACAAAAUGGAAUUGAGGUCGAUGAAUACAAUAUCCACUUUUGAAAUUGAUUCUCAGAAAUUCAACUGGAGUUACUACACAGCUAAGAUAAUGGACACCGUGAACAUCACGGUUCCCGAAUCGGAGAAAAUUAUCAACUACUCCCCAUACUAUUACAGAAAACUCAAAACUGUAUUAGCCAAAUACACCAAGAGGGAUGUGCAAAACUACGUGGUUUGCUUUGUUAUGCAAAUGGUAGGUGGGCUGAGUCGAGCUUACAGAAACACCAGGAAUGCUUUCCUUAAGGUCCUGACCGGUAAAACAGCAGAGGAUGCCUUGUGGCGACGGUGUGCACUGUAUGUCAAUAGCUACCUGGACAAAGCUGUGGGACGGCUCUAUGUGCAGGAGGCUUUCUCUGACAACAGCAAAGAGCUGAUGGAGGAGAUGAUUAAAGAUAUUCGGGAAGUUUUCAUUAGUAACCUUGAUAACCUCUCCUGGAUGGAUGAAGAGACCAAAAAAGCAGCUGAGGAGAAGGCUCAAGCUAUCCGUGAACGCAUUGGUUAUUCUGAUGACAUCAUGAAUGACGAAUAUCUAAACGAUGAGUACAAAGAUCUGAGCUACAGUGCAGAGGAGUACUUUAAAAACAUCCUGCAGAACCUGGAGUAUGUGCAGAAGAAACACCUGCAGAAAUUGCGAAAAAAAGUCAACAAGGAUGAGUGGUUAUUUGGAGCUGCUGUUAUCAACGCCUUCUACUCAGCCAACUUAAAUGAAAUAGUGUUUCCUGCUGGUAUCCUUCAACCCCCUUUCUUUAACAAAGGCCAGCCUAAAUCUCUCAACUACGGUGGAAUCGGGAUGGUAAUCGGUCAUGAGAUUACACAUGGCUUUGAUAGCAAAGGUCGCAACUUCGACAAGGACGGCAAUCUGAAGGACUGGUGGACUCCUGAAUCUACUAGAAAAUUUCUGGAACUCUCAAGGUGCAUCGCUAAUCAGUACAGCAGCUUUUCCUGGGACCUGGCUAAUGGUCUACGUUUGAAUGGCAACAAAACCCUCGAGGAAAACAUAGCUGACAAUGGAGGGAUCCGACAGGCAUACCAGGCAUACAAGAAAUUUGUGAAGAGGAAUGGAGAGGAGACCCCACUGCCUGGGAUUGACCUUUCACAUGAUCAGCUCUUCUUUCUUAACUUUGCACAGAUUUGGUGUGGAUCAUAUCGACCUCAGCAAGCUGUUAAUUCUGUUAAAAUGGAUAUACACAGUCCAGGGAUGUUCAGAGUACUUGGCUCUCUUCAGAAUUUUCCAGAGUUUGCCAAAGCAUUCAAGUGCAACAAAAGCAGCAACAUGGUCUCUGACAAUGUUUGUCGUGUUUGGUGACCUAAAGACCAAACAUGGUCUUUAGGUCCAUGAUACCUCUUCCCUUUAACUGCUGGAGCUCUCAUGGAGGAUUACAGGGAUAUAGAAGCUUCCCUUUGUUCUUUACUGGAUGGACCAUGGCUGGUGAACAGGCAGUGCAACAUGCACUUCAUCCAAG